CAGCCAUUCUACGUCUCAAAGAACCGAAACAUGGACUUGCCGCCUCUUUCUUCAAGUUGGAACCCUAUCCUUAGCUCCCUUCUUCUCCGUCUCUUUCGCCGGCGGCUAGCAACUGAGAGCUAUAGACCUAACAAUGGACAUCGCCUUGCUCCCUCCAUCAUCUCCGUUUCUCUUCCCAUCAGUUGCUGAAAACUCCAUCGAAGGCGAUUGUAGCGGCGGGAGGGCUAAUUACCACUCCUAUUCUCUGGUGAGUAACUAUCUGAGGCUAUUGAGUUGAGCCCCUGCUCCGGUGCAUCCUUUUUCUUCUCCGUCUCCUUUCGGCCAGCGAAUUUAUCUCUUCUCUGUAAGUUUUUUCUCAGAGUGAAGCGGAUGCAUCUCUGAGAAAUUCAUUCACUUACUGACCUUAGUUAUUGAUUGUGGUUGUUCUGUAAUUGUUGUUAAUUCUUUCACUUGGUUAGUUUCAUGACUCAUCCAAAGAAGAGAAGUAAGAGAUGAACUCCUCUGAGGAUUGGAAAUCGUUGUGGCCGAUCGGCUAUGUCUUCUCUCCACCUCUCCUCCUUUCUGGCUCUUCUGCAAAACCGUUAGGCCCUCUUCUCUUUACCCCAUCUUCCCAAACCCAAACCCUCUUCUCAUCCUCCUCUCUGUGCCCUCCAAUCCUUCCCCCUCGUUCCCUCUCUGUUCUUGAAUCCCUUCGUUCAAAAUCCCAAUCCUCCAAUGACACUUACAUACCCCCGUCUGUCAUCUCCUCGAUUUCCUCCAGCGACAGCUUCGGUGCUCAAUAUGAUGCAGACGUAAAUCUUUUUCUCAAUAACAACCUUCAAAUGCUUCAGUGCCCAGGUGGAGAAUACCUGCUUUUAUUCCCAACUGGGGAGAAUUUUGACCGGGUUGGAUUUGUAGUCGUCUCAACAAAAGGACCCACUUGGAAAGUUAGGCUUAAUGAAGAAGGUAAUAUAUUUUCAACACCUAAUGGGUUCAAUCAUCGGAUUCUUAGAAUGUCUGCUACUGCUUAUGAUGCUGGUUUGAGUAGUUGGGAUCUUUCUUCCUCUUCUGCUGGCGAUUCUAUUGUCGUUGGUUUUCUGUUUGCUUGUACUUCGCAAACUGUUCAUUGGUUCAGUGUCGAGGUUAACAAUUCAGAUUCAGAAAGGGGGAGACCGGUUUUAGUUCAUUUGGUUAUGAAGGAGUUUCAUAGCUCAGUUGUAAAUGCUUGUUGGAGCCCACAUUUGGCUGAAGAGAGUAUAGUUUUGUUAGAAAAUGGUAGAUUGUUCCUGUUUGAUUUGGGUUCUUGUUUGGGCUCUGGUAAUUUUUCUGAUGAAUUGAAAGGAACCAGGAUCAAGAUCUUGUGGAAGGAUUUUGGUGUGGAUUUGGAUAGUUCAGAGACGGUUGAAUGGAUAAGCUGUGGAUUUGCUUGGCAUCCUCGAAUCUUGAUUGUUGCCAACUCUAAAUCUGUUUUCUUAGUGGAUGCUAGGUAUGGAGAAAGCAGCGUAAGCAUCUUAGCUGAGAUUGGGACAUUUGAUUUGAACAAUUUGAGGACAGAUCGAUUUGUUGCAUUCUCUAUCGCCGGUCCUGGUGGCUUCCAUUUUACGGUGGCGACUAAAUAUUGGUUAAUUCUUUUUGAUAUCCGCAAAUCCUUGGUGCCAGUGUUGCAAUGGGCCCAUGGCCUUGAUAACCCACAUUAUGUCAAUGUAUUCAGAUUGUCUGACUUAAGACAAAAACUAGAAGAUUCUAUGUAUAGAUGUGCUUCUGAAUCCGGUUUUGCCAUUUUGCUGGGUUCUUUCUGGAACUGUCAAUUCAGUUUAUUCUGUUAUGGACCUUCUUUACAAACUUUAGAUGGAUCAAUGGCAGCUAAAAUUUCGAAAUUCUGCAACUCCCUCUAUGCAUGGGAGCUCCCUUCAGAACUCUCCUUGUCGGGUCGUCAGUGCCAUUGUGGAGACUACCUUGUAAGGGAAGAUUUUUGGAAGACUAAACUUCCUUUAUGGAUUGAUUGGCAACAGAAGAAAGAAAUAGUUCUGGGCUUUUGUAUUCUUGGCAAAGAUUUUCCAGCCUCUGUACCUGAAAGGGAAUGUGGUGAUGGGUUCACAUUGAUUAGAUUGAUGUCAUCAGGGAAGCUUGAAAUACAGAUGUACAAUGCCUCGUUUGAUUCUCCUAGUGCAAAUUCAGAAGCAGGGGAAGGAAUGCCCUUACAGUCUGAAGAUUGUCUUCUAUAUCAUUCCAUUGAUCAGAAAUAUAAAUUUCCUAGGAAAUUUAAGUAUCUUAAACUUGACUAUCUGUUUGCAUAUUUGAGUAACAAUCUUGUGGACUUACUGACUAAAAAGAUACGGAACCCUGGGAUUGGUCUUGCCAAAGCAAUUCUGUCUGAUCAAGACUGCAAUGAACCUUCACAUGAUAAGUCAAAGAUUGAUGGUGUCGAUCUCAAUGGCUCAUCUCUUAUGACUACCCAAGUUUUUAGUGGCAUCAGAUUGCCUACCAGCAUACAUGAGAUUGCUUUGAGGAGACUGUGGACAGGGUUACCGGUGGAUCUUCUACAGCUAGCGGUUUCCAAUCAGUCAGAGCUCCUUGAAGUUCUUGCAGAGUUGAAGAAGGUCUCAGGGACACUUUUGGAUGUUCCAAACUUAUCCCGGUUGCCACCUUUUUUGUUUCGGAAGCCCUUGAACCACAACAAUAAGUCAAUGUGUAAAGUGCAUCCGGGUGAUGAUGUUCUGGGGCCUUCUCUUCCACUUCCUGUUCUUCUUACCCUUAAUGAGAUUGGUAAGGAUAAGAACUGUUCAGAUUUGGAGGAAGAAGCAAGUGGAUAUUCGGCCAAAAUAGCGAUCAAUCACAAAUGCAAGGAAAUCAUAAAGGUGGCUAACAAUUUGCCAUUGAUAGGGUCUCAUUCCGAGGUUAAUGAUUCCUAUGUUGUCUCCCUUUCCAAUGACACCGAUGAGUCAUGGGUUUGUUCCCAAAAGCUGAAACAACCUAAAUGUUUCUUCUCUUACAAACCACGCGCAUUUUCAGAUAAAAACAGCUCUACCAUGCAUUGUGCACAAGAGGAGCCAAUUUUUGAAGACAAUGAAUUUACUACCUUCAUAUGUAAAAUGCAUGAGGAGCUUCCCCCUAAACUAAAUAGGGAUUCUAAGAUGCAUGGUUCUCCCAAUUCCAGUAACAAACCGAUUGGAUUAGAAAUGUUUAAUGAGCUAUGCCCAGUGGAAUUGAACUUUGAUGUUUCUGCUAUGAACUUUGGGGAUGCCGAGAUGAAAGGAUACAAGCUGCUGAAGAGACAGAUCUCAAAAUGGCAAGAAGGUUUUAAGCCAUAUCAAGAUUUUUGUUCUCAGUCCAAGCUCCAAAAGCAUGCUUCUUGAUUAUUGGGCACUGUCUCAACGUUUUUCAUUUGCCUUUGUGUUGCGCUAACCUUAGUGCCUGUUAGUGCUUCAGUGCUGCUCCCAUUGCGUGAUUUUGUUGCUUUGACUUGUUGCAACGAGAAAGAAAUUUAUGCUUGUGAGCAGAUUCUGUCUUGGGAGGAGUAAAGUUAUUGAUGCAGAAACUCAAUCCAAGGUAAAGACAUUGAUCUGGGUGGAAGCACAAGUAGAAAGGCAUUCUAAAAGUCGUAUAAAAAUAAUGGUAAAAGCCCGUAGCCACUUCAAGGUGCAUAGCAAUGCAACAGAUGUCGUAAUUGAGCUGCAAAAUCCAAAUGUUCAGACUUCCACGGGUUCUGCUGCUUAUGAACUGAAAAUGAUGCAUUGGUCUGGAAAACAAAUUCUUUUCCUGGUGGCAGGUACAGUUGGCUUUAUCCUUAUUGCUCCCAUCCAUCAACUGUAGAUUCCUGCUGUUAGUGUUUUGCCGCUAAAAUCUGUUGAUUGUGAUUGGCCAUGGAUAAUGUUAUCUGUGUUGUUACAAUCCAAGAAGCAUGCUGACAUUGUUUGUGCUUUCUGUAUCAUUACAUGUCAAGGGCAGAAUUUACAGUUCCCAGUAUAACUGAUGAAGCAUGAUUCCAAAGAGAAAAGCUCCCAUAUGUGUGAUGUUUGUCUCAGGAAUACAUGUGGGCCCGAUUUUCUGCUCUCUGUAUUAUGGUAAUGGAUAAUUGGUUGUUUGUGUGGCUUGCAGUGUUUGGUGCUUUAAGUUAACAAAAUAACUUCUUGUCAUUCUGACAAGUAAAUUACAAAAUUGGUGCCUUAAGCAAAGGCCAAGGACAGCCAAAAGCUGUUUUAUUUAAGAUUUUAAUUACAUUGUUUGAGUAAUAUCUUGUACAUCUUUCAAAAUUUUGAAAGAAGGUUUCCUGUAAAUUUGAGUAUAUUUAUAUUUUAAAUGAUCCCAUUGUGUUCCCGUCGCCAUAGUAUUUGGGCCAAGAAAAAAGAAAGCUUGUUAAAACUCUUCCUU